CCGACUCCCUGCUCGCUGCCCUAUGCUCUGAGCACUUGGUGGUUUGUUGCCCAGUAGGCUCGUCUUUCUGCCUACUUGUGUGUGCCUCGGGCGAGUUUGUUUCCAACCGAAAAUACCCAGUGUUUUUCGUGUGAAGGGCUCGAUCGUGAAGUGAAGGACGAGGGACGACGAUCAUAUCAUGGACUGGGAAGAUCACGAUGGCGGCUCUCCCGAGGAGGGCGAAGCUGGCAGGGACGAUGAGGUACAGGGGGUCUUCAACGUCCCAGCGAUGGCCAUGGGGCAGGUGUUUCCGGGCGAAAGCGUCGUGACGUCGAUGGAUUUCCAUGAGGAUGGGGAGCUCUGCGUGGCGGCGAACAGCGACAAGAGCGUGACUCUGAUCAACGCCGUGGAGGGUCGCAAGAGAAAAACCAUCCACACACAAAAGUACGGCUGCGGGGUGGUCCGCUACACUCACCACGAUCAGACCGUGCUGGUGAGCUCGGACGCGGACGGUGCGGACCAUGCCGUGCGAUACUUGUCGCUGUACGACAACCGCUUUCUCCGAUUCUUCACCGGGCACACUGACAAGGUUGUCUCUAUCGCCAUGAGUCCCACCGACGACCACUUCAUGACCGGCUCCGCGGAUAAGACCGUACGAUUAUGGCACCUGUCGAGACCACAGUGCCUGGCGGUGCUGGAGUUUCCGCCUGGCCACGGAACGCCGUACGUGGCGUACGACCAGCAGGGGUUGGUCUUCGCGGCAGCUACCUCCACCGGCAAGGCCAACAUCAUCAAGCUGUACGAUGCACGAAAUUACGAAAAGGGCCCGUUCGACACGUUCACCGUGGAGCAUAAGAAGGUGGAGGAGUUCAUCGUGAAGUCGAAGGAGAUGCGGUCGAAGAAGGCGAGGGCGCUGUCGCUCGCUCGGUGGAAGAGCAUGAAGUUCAGCGCGGACGGACAGAGCAUCCUGAUCGCCACGGACGCGAGCCUGGUCCUGACGCUGCACGCAUUCGAAGGCGACGUUAAGCAGGUGUUCACCGGGCACCAGAACGACCUGCACUCGGAGCUGGACGCGUGCUUCACCCCGAACGCGGAGUACGUCCUGUCCGGCUCCGAAGACAGCGGCAUCUACGCCUGGCGCGCGGAAGACGGCAAGCUGGCCAAGAUUCUCAAGGGGCACUCGUCCGCGGUGGGCAGGGUGCUGUGCAGCCCCAAGUACGAGGUCAUCGCGAGCGCGUGCACGAACACGGCGCUGUGGAUAGACGCGGGUUUGGAGCCCGGGCAAUAG